GGAAGUACGCGGGUCUAGCUGGAUGUACCGCGCUCGUCCUCUACAAUGGCUAGUAAUAUUAAGCCGAUGCACAAGACCAAACACUUCCCGAUUGACCAGCUAGUAUGCGUCGGCAACUACGAGUUGGAAAAAACUAUUGGCACGGGCAACUUCGCCAUCGUAAAACUCGCCACACAUUCUAUAACUAAGAGUAAGGUAGCAAUCAAAAUAAUAGACAAAUCGCGAUUGGACGAAGACAAUUUGAAGAAGACGUUCCGGGAGAUAGCCAUCAUGAAGAGAUUACAGCAUCCGCACAUUGUCAGACUUUAUCAGGUUAUGGAGAGCAGUCACACGCUAUACCUAGUCACGGAGUAUGCGCCUAACGGUGAAAUUUUUGAUCACUUAGUUUCGAAAGGUCGUAUGCCGGAAUCGGAGGCAGCGAGGGCGUUCGCUCAGAUGGUGGCAGCUGUCGGCUACUGCCACGCCAAUGGUGUCGUGCACAGAGACUUGAAAGCGGAGAAUUUGUUGCUGGACAAAGAUAUGAACAUUAAGUUAGCAGAUUUCGGUUUUAGUAAUGAAUACACAGCCGGCGCUGCGCUGUCCACGUGGUGCGGGAGUCCGCCCUACGCCGCUCCGGAGUUGUUCGAGGGGCGACACUAUGAUGGACCGAAGGCUGAUAUAUGGUCCCUCGGUGUUGUUCUUUACGUGCUGGUCUGCGGCGCUCUGCCCUUCGACGGCAGCACUCUCAGCGAGCUGAGGAGUGUGGUGCUCAGCGGCAAGUUUAGGAUACCGUACUUUAUGUCACAAGAGUGCGAGCAGCUGAUUCGACACAUGCUGGUGGUGGAGCCUGAGCGGCGGCUGUCGCUGCGAGGGGUGGCGCGCCACCGCUGGCUGCAGGCGCACCAGCCGGGGCCCGGGCCCGGCAGCUACGACGCGUCGGGCGGCGCGUGCGCGUGCCACGGGCCGCGCCCGCCGGGCGACGCCGCGCUGCACGACGCCGUGCUGGCGCGCAUGCUGGCGCUGCCCGGCCUCGCGCUGCAGCACGUGCAGCAGUCGGUACAAGAGGAACGUUUCGAUCACAUAUCAGCGAUAUAUCAUUUACUUAUGGACAAGUUGCAACAGAAAGACGGCGCUACAGACAUGGACAGAGAUUCACUCGACUCCACGACAGGUCGGCCCUUAGAUCUCACUAGUUGUAAGAGUGGUGAAGAGGAACAAAUGGAGGCUGAGGACAUCAGUUCGGGUUCGGAAAGCUUGCAGGCUCCUGGGUACCUCACUGCUGGACAGGGAGACAGCUUCGAGAAGUUCGGCUCGGGCUCGCCGGGCGCGUGCGAGGCGGCGCCGCCGGCCUGCGCGCGCGCACACGACGCGCCCGCCGCGCGCCGCCACACCGUGGGGCCCGGCGACUGCCGCCAGGCAGGCGAAUUAUCCGGACGUAAUGUGCCGCACUGUGCCUCAGCACACUUUAGUUGCGGGGCGGCGCCCGCGGCGCUGGCGCAGGCCGAGGUGUCGCUGCUGCCCAACACCAACCUGGCGGCCAAGCUGCCCGCCGUGCAGCACCACCCGCCGCGCUACUGCAGCGUCAAGGACCACCACCUGCUCAAGCCGCCCGUCGCCAUGCAGACGCAAGCGUCGUCGUUCGGGCGGCGCGCGUCGGACGGCGGCGCGCACGUGCGCGCCAGCGACGCGUGCGCCGCGCCCAAGCACCACGUUUCAGACAGCGGGACACCCACGAGGCCAUCAGAUGCUGAACAGACGGAAGAACAAGCCAGUGAUUCUACGUAUAACAAUAAUUUAUGCAGGUACAUGCUGAACCGCGGCAGCAGCAAGCGGCACACCAUGGCCACCCCGGAGGACGCCGCCAGCUCUGCGUGCGCGGCCCCCACCAUGACGGCGCCGGGCGGCGCGGCGUCGGCGGCCAGCGUGCGCGUGCGCCGCAGCGGCCUGCUCACCGUCACCGAGCGCCCGCCCGUAAUUAGUCCAGAGCUCGUAAUGGAAGUUGAGAAGCGAAUGAAACGAAACUACCUUCCCCCGUCGAUUCAAGGGGGCUAUAGUUACCAAAACCAGACCGGUUACCAGAGCCCCCCACCGGCAAACACCCAAAAUCCCCAGGGUUCAAUAACAGCAGGAACACCUAAUUACGCUAAGAAUUCAAUGAAACCAGUCUUAGAAACUAUUCCACAGGGCAGUAUAAUGGGUUCAAAUCAGGCUGUCUCGCCGUAUACCCCAUCUAUGUCUCAAUUUUCACCAACUCACGGGGCUGUUGUUUCACAAACUGGGUCGAUAAUAAGUGGUACUCCCAUAUCCAAUCAGGGAUCAAUCGUUACUGGUACCCCCAUGCAAAGUCAAUCUUUCAACACUCCCAACCAUGGCUCUAUUAUGUCUGGUACUCCCCUAUCUAACCAGAAUUCUAUGGAAACCGGUUCUGUCCAGAACCAACAAAUUAUAACUCCUUCGUUGCCAAACCAAGGCUCCAUCAUGACUGGUACUCCGAUACAAAACCAGGGGUCGAUCAUGUCUGGCACACCAAUCCAAAACCAAGGUCCUCUACAAAACCAGAACUUCAAUACAGCUAUGCAAAACCAGGGGUCAAUAUUAACUGGUACCCCAAUCCAAAGUCAAAAUUUUAGUCCUGGUAACACGUUGCAAAAUCCAGGUUCAAUAGUUUCCGGUACGCCAGUUCAAAGUCAGGGCUCUAUAGUUUCCGGUACACCAGUUCAAACCCAGGGUUCAAUAGUGUCUGGCAUACCAAUGGACAGUAAGAACUUUGGCACCGGUUUUGGUAACUUCGGCUAUAACCAAACCUUCGGUCCGACCCCAACGAAUAUACCCAGCGGGUCUAUAACCGCUGGCACUCCGGUCAGUGGCAGUGGGUUCAAUCAGAAUCAGUACAGUCGCCACCGGAAGUACUCUGGCCCUCAGCGUGUCAAACUGCAAAUGUUGGCAACUGUACAGGAAAUGGCCCGCGAGCACGCGGAGCGCUACUCGCCCGUGCGGCGCGCGGAGGUGUCUCCGCCGCGCGGCGCGCACGACCUGGCCUCCGCCCGCCUGGAGUACCAGCAGCUGCAGCGCGGCCUGGAACGUCGUUCGGGUGGGGCCAGCGCGGGUGUGGGUGGAGUGGGGGGCGCGUCUCCCCCCGCGGAGCGUCUGCACACACCCGCCACUUCUGUACCAGGGUCCCCCAUUCAUGCCGGUGCCUCCGCUCCCACGCUGGAGCUGAGCGCUGACCCCGCACAGGACCUGUCACUAAAAUUAGGCAUAAAUUUGAACACCUUAUACUCGCCACAACUCUCGCAAGAAGUAUUCAAAUCCAUCCACUCGUACGGGAGCUACGGGCUGCUGUCCGGACACACCUCCCCCGCUAGCCCCGGCUCCCCCCUCCACCAAAUCACAGAAGGCUUAAGUUAUUUACACACCGGUUCCAUAACCAGAGGAACGCCGCAACCCAACGCAACACCCUUAGAUUUAAGAAGUAAUGUAGAAAUGGAUACGACCUUCCCUCAGCUCCAUCCGAUGGUCCAUCCUCAAAUACACGUAGUGGCUCACAGAUCUCUUAACAAUUCUCCGAUCUCCAACCCCGGAUCGCCCCUAGACAUGAUCCAGGAGGAGAUAGGCAAUGGUAGUCAGAAUGGUGAAGCUAAAUUCCCGGAAAGGACCUUCCAACUCCAGAACUACGCUUCGACUCAUCCGCAGAUAAGUUUGACAGAUUGUUUAGGAUCAGAAAUCACACUCGUAGCGUCGUCGUCAGAGGACAGCGUGGACAGCCUAGAAAAUUCCAAAUAUCCAUUACCGCAGUUCGUCAUAUCAGAGCCGUCGGACUUGGACGACCGACCGUCGAUAACCAAAGGUAUAGGUAGAAAAGUUAGCCAGGAAACUGAAUCCAUCGAACUGCCCAAAGACAUAGAAAAUUUAGAUAAGGAUACGGAAAUGCCAUCGCCCAAAGAGAGUGUGGACGAAACGAGUAAAUACUUAACGGAGGAGCUCGCGAGGCGGGGCAGCGAUAAGAGCUUGGGUUUCAGCGACGAUUCCUUGAGUAACGAUUCGGCGAACGCGUCGCCGAAUUGCGAACAAAACGUUCAGUCCAUUUAUUCGAAUAUAGUUUCAAUUAGUUCAGGUUUUAGCGAAAAUAGGGGUAGCUUCUCGGAGCAUAGAGAAUCGUUUUCGUUUUCCGACAGGGGUAGUUUCUCAGAACGAGGCGAUUUCGGACGGUCCUCGUUCUCCGAAAAGAGCGACUUUGGUCGAAGCAGCUUUUCAGAAAAGGGGGAGACUCCAAGAUCUUCGUUCUCCGCUCAAGGUGUUCUCGGAGAAGUUAAAGAAUAUUACGAGGAUGUUUACAUGCCUAGAGAUAAAACGUUAGAUAAAUUUGAAGAAGAAAGUCCGCAUGCUAGUGAAAUUGAGAAGCUGCAGCGGUCGACGAUGGAUUUGCGUUUAUCAGAGAUUUGUAGACCCGACGACCAAAGAAUACCGAUUCUGUUGAGCCCGCAAAAGGUUUCAUGCGUUCAGGAGUACUACGAAGUCGCGCUAUCAACGGUAUGUUCCCAAUUAGAUUCACAAAGGAUAGUAGAGUUGCUAAAAGAAACGAUAAACACAAGGGUGCCCCCCCAAAAUAUUUUCAUCGAAAAAGGCGACCAGAAAGACAAAACGGAUGAUUCUGAAGCACUAACGGGUUUCCUGAACUUGGAAUACUCUGGCGGUAUUCAGAUAGAACUAGUCGUUUGCGAAAAUAAAGCGAAGGAAAAGAAGGGCUUGAAAAUGAGGCGGAUAUCCGGCGAUCAGCGGGAAUACGGGAAACUUUGCCAGCAAUUGAUCACAAGUCUAACAGUAUAGAUGGAGUUUUCGGUAAAUUUUUCCGCAUCGGAAAAGGUAAUUUUUUUGACAAGAAUCGUAGUCAUAUUUUCGUGGUCGCUAAGCCUCGGUUCGGUGCUAAGACAGACGCUGUUUUCGUGACGAUUUUACGACAAAUGAUACAAAGAAAUAUAUCACUAUAUGUGAAUUAAAAAAU